AUGAAGCCAGCAGAGAUCAGAUUCUCUCUACAGAGACCUCUACAGCACAGAGAUCCAGACAUGGCACCUACAAUCACUGCAGCAAUGACCACUUCUCAGGAGCAUCUGACUCUGACCCACAAGCUCAGAAAGCCUCUGGUGGAGAAGUUACGCAGAGAGCGAAUCAACAGCAGCAUUGAGCAGCUCAAGUCUCUCCUGAGUCCAGAGUUCCUCAAACAGCAGCCAGACACCAAGCUGGAGAAAGCAGACAUCCUGGAGAUGACAGUUUGUGUCCUGAGACGGCUGCAGCAGCAGAAUCAACCUGUGGACUCACCAGCUGUCGGUCAGGGCUAUUCCAGAUGUGUCCAAGAGGUGACACACUUCCUGUCCACAGAGCAGGUGAAGACCCUGUCCCAGAGAAAACUGCUGAACCACAUCAACAAGCUGCAGUCUUCCUCUGAUAACAACCUGAGAGAGGCUGACUUCUCUCUUCUGAGCUCCACAGUCCAGACCAGCAUCACCAAAGAGAAGAGUCCAGUCAACAGCGCCGUCUGGAGACCGUGGUAGACACCCCGAGGACAAAAGUGAAGCUCAUGGGCUAAACAAGAAAUUAUACUUGUACUCUUGGACAUUUAGUAGUCUCCUUUUGAGUUCCAUGAUGUUUGAGUUUUAUCACCUUUUGUAAAGGUCAUUUUGUGUAUUUUAUGUGAUAUUUGCAGGUUGGCUGUUUUGUAUUUCAAAGGUAGUCCCUUAUUUCUGAUUUAGAUGUUACUCUGUGAAGUAAACAUUGUUCUGAAUGGGAGUGCUUCUAUAUUGUCAGUGUCACUGACAAUAAUGCAUGUACUUUUUCUCCAUCUUGGAGACACAGUUAUUCAUGCUGGGCAUGUUUCAGAUCUAUAUGUGAUAUUCACGUAUUCUGUUUAUCGAGAUGUCCUCUCUGGUUUAUCUUUAAACAUCUCAAUCCUCUGCAUAUUUAGCAGCGGAGUUUUGUGUGUUCGCUAAGACAAACGUGCUGCUUUGUAACUCUGUGAGUGACAGCGCUCAUUCCUUCGAUGAAGGCCUUGUUGUUUGGAAAAUGUCUCAAAAUGAAUGUAUCUCUUCAAGCCAAGUGAUGCGCAUUAAAACAAUCACAAAAACAA